GGGGGUGACGGGGAUUAAUACGGGGCAACAGGGGUUUGGGACGACGAUGGGACAAGGACAAGGGGGACAGCAGAUGCAGUUCAAGAUCGCGACUGCUGCCACCCUCGGGGCCACAUCCACAUCCCACACCAACGCCACCACCACCACUCUCGGCCGAGCGACGCAACAACAGCAACAGCAGAAGAAGAGAGUAGGGCGGUCGAAGACGGACGAACAGAUCCACGAGGUACGAGAGAUGGUGGUGGAGAUGGAGACGGGGAUGGGAGGGAUGGAGAGCGGACCGGGACCGGCGGCGAGGGCGAGGAGGAAGAGACGACAUACGACUCAGGGUUUUUUGAGAGGUGGAACGAAGAGUGUGCCGCAGAGUGCGACGUGUAGUGAGGAUGAGGGGCGGGAUCGGGGUCGGGGUCGAGAUAGUUCGGACGAGGAGGGGUUACGGGAUGAUGAAGAUGAUGAAGAUGAGGAGGAUGAGGAAGAGGAAGAGGAUGACGAUGAUGAUGAUGAUGAGUAUAAAGCACCGAGAACGAGGACGAGGAAGACGUCGCAUUCGGUGCCGAGGAUGCCUAGGCGGAGCGGGCAGCAAUAUCAUCAUCAGACCUCCUAUCCCCCUCCCCAUCAGCAGCAGCAGACUCGUCAACCACUCGCGUACACCAUCCCCACCUCGAAAUCGCACACGCACAACGACGUCCCCUCCACGUCCAACGACGUUGAUUUCUACGUCGAUGAUGCGGAUCUCGAAGUCCUCGAUCCCUCUCCGCUCGAUUCGAUAGAGGUCGAUAUGCACGCUAUGGAACCGCUCUCGCUUGAUUCUGCGUCGUCUAUCACGGACCCGCUCUCGGAUCCUUUGUCGAGCCUGCCUGACUUAUCCCACUCUCACUCCCAUUCACACUCCCAUUCACACUCACACUCGCACUCGCAUUCGCAUUCGCAUCCGAAUAUCUCAACGGCGGCGGCUGCGGGGGUCUGGUCUUCGUCUGGCGUUGUGAACAGUGCGGCGGCGGACACGCCGAUGUCGAAUUCUUUGGAUACGCCGUUGAAUGCGGGGGAGUAUGCGACUUCCGCUGCGGGAGGUGCAGGUGCGAAUGGGGAGUAUAUGUUCGAUGAGCCGUAUUUGAAGAGGGCGUUGUCGGAGUCUGGGGUGGGCGGGAAUGGUGGUAGUGGGAAUGGGAAUGGGAAUGGUGGUGGUAAUAUGAUGAUUGGGAAGAGUGCGUGGGGACCUUCGGAUUGGAUGUCUUCGAAUCCUCGUCUUGAUCCCUCGACCGCCACUCAUCCACCCGCUGGUGCCACCGCCACCGCCACCAACAACACCUCCAACAACACCAACACCAACAACGCCAACCCCUCCUCUGCUUCUUCUGCUUCCGCCUCUAGCAGCUCACCCCCAUCCUACUUCCACGCCUCCCCCUCCUCCCCGGGCCAACAAUCCUCCUCGUCCCCCUUCCUCUCCUCCCCCUUCAGCUUCGCGAACCUGAACAACCUGAACUUCAACAACCAGCUCCAGCAGCACUACGCGCACUUGGGACUCGGGCUCGGACUUGGCCUAGGGCUCGGGAUGCCGGGGUUUCAUGAUCAGGAGGAACAGCAGGGGGUUAUGGAUCGGUAUGAUUUGUUGUAUCCGUCCGCGAGCCAUAAUCAUCCGAACCACCCGUCCAACCACCAUCACCACCAUCAUCACUCUCAUCAUGGUCAUCAUGGAGGAGGAGGCUCGGAGGCGAACGCGACAUCGGACAGUUUCUAUUCGAACUCGCAGUCCGCGGCGUCGAAUAGCGCGAUCUCGUCCUCCUGGCUCGUCAAUGACUCUUCGUUCCCUUCUGCGUCGGCUUCUGCUUCUGCGGUGUCGGAGGGGGGCAUAGAUGGGUGGGAUAAUGAUUAUGAUUUCGAUGCGGAUAGGCAUUCGACGUUUUCGGAUCCGGAGGCGUGGGGCGGACAGGCAUUAUCCGGGAGUGCGUCCGCUGUCGGUGCCGCGAAUUAUUAUGGUCCUCCAAGUGGGUCUGGUGGUGCGGGAGGCGCGUAUGGUGGUGCGGGAGGAGGAGCGGGAGGGAAUGGAGCGGGGAGAGGGUUCACGCAUCAUUCGAACUAUGCGGGCGAUUUGAUAUUCGGGGCGAGGACGCAUCAGCCACAGUAUUCGAUGAGUGGGUUUGCUGGGGGGAUGGAGACGUAUGGGGGGUUGGGGCUGUUUGGGUUGGGCGGGUUUGGGGGACCCGGGGGAGGAAGGGCGAGUACAGGUGGGAAUACGACGAGUUCGGGGGGAGGGGGCGCGAAUGGGGGGAGUGCGGCGGCGCUUCACAACCCCGCCCUGCCUGGUAUCGACGAGAUCGAGCUCACUGCGAUCUCGCUGGACGAUCCCGUCGCGGACUCGGCCGUGGUAGGCCAAGGAGACGUCGACAUGGACGGCGUGGAGGCUGGUCCUGGAGGCCAGGAAGGAGGAGGAGAAGAGGUGCGGAUGUUGACGGAGUCGCCGGUCAAGAUUCAGCAGGACGAUCUACCUGGAGUGGAUGUCCGGCUUCCGCGACAGACAUCGGACGAGAUUCGCGGCCUUUCGUCUUCUUCGUCUGCACUCUCGGAUGCGGGCGAUGAUGGAGAUGAUGGGGUGGCUGGACUUGGAGCGGGACGCGGCGAGGGAGAUGGGGAACAGGCGGAUACGCCGCCUGGGACGCCUGUGCGUGCGCAUCAUAGUCUUCAUCGUCAGAGGGGCGCGCAUCAGCAUACGGGCGGCGGUGGGGGAAAUAAUAGGUCGUUGAGUGUUCCGCCGCCGGAACAUAGGUUCGCGAUGGCCUCGACGAGCUCGAGACAUCAGCAUGGGUCUAUGACGCCCUCAUUCACCCACCACACACUCCCCAGUCUUUAUUCGCAGCCUCAGACGCAGCAAGCGCCGUUCCUGUCGCAGUCCCAAGCCCAAGCCUCGCACAUCCCACAAUCCCAGUCCCAAUCUCAGUCCCAGUCUCAGGUCCAGUCCCAGUCUCAACAACAACAGCAGCCUCACCAGCCUCAACCCCUCCAUGCACCGCUCACGCCUACCCGUUCGCUCUCGCUCGACCUCAAUGCGUGCCCGACGCUCAACCCCGGCUCGCCCGCAGCCGCCGAAUCUGCCCUCCACGCGCUCCUGCAAGGCGAUCCAUGGCGCACGUCGACUUCUUCCUCCGGCUAUGGUGUCGGUGCCGGUCUCGAUGGCUCGAGCUCGAGUAACGCGCUGGGCUCGAUAUUCGGGUUCGGUGCGUAUCCGUUGUCCGGGAUGACCGGUGGUGGAUACAACAACGCGGUCGCUAGCGGAGGUGGUGGAAGCGGUGGUGGUGGUGGUGGUGGUGGUGGUGCCGAUGCGAACGAGGUGCCGUUCUUGGAUCUGCAUUAUUGGGGCUCGCCGGUCGUGAUGAGCGACGCGGUGGCGACGGCGACGGAAGAGUCGAGGACGGGGCUCGCGUUGGAUCUCGCGUCGUCUUCUUCGGCUUCGACUUCGUCAGGCUCGUCCCUUUCGACGUCGGCGUGGAUGGGCUUGGGACCGUCGAGUUAUUCGCCGCAGUUGGCUCAUGCUCAUGCAUCGCAGGCGCAGGCUCAGAACCAGCAACAGCAACAGCAACAACAGCCGACGUACGCCUUCGCGGAGCCAAAGUCGAUGGGCUUCAGUCUUAGUGGGAUGGGGAGGAACGGGAUCGGGUGUGUGGCUCCGAAGGCUUUGGGGGCGCCGUUUACUAUCGUUAGGCCUACGACGGCUAUGGGUGCGCGGGAUGUGGAUCCGGAGGAUGGGCUUGUGGGUAGUGGUAGUGCCGUUGGUGAUGGAUUCCGUGGUGGAGGACGGGCUGUGGGUUCGGGUGUUGGUGUCGGUGUGGCGCCGGGGAAAUUACAGAUGCAUCAGAGGGGGCAGAGCGCGGUGUCGCCGAACGAUUUGUUGGUGAAGAAGGGAGCUGGGGGGAGGGAUAAUAAGCGCAAGAGGGCCAGUUGGGAUGGAGGGCCGCGGUGAGGUGUUGGUGGCAAGAAUGUCUGUCUAUCUGUCCAAUGGGUCGUGAAAGUCGGGUUUGUUUCUAUUAUUUGUGGAUUUUCUUCUCUCUUUGUUCUGCUUGUGUUCUCUGCUCAACGAGUGCUCCCCGUGGCUGACUGGUCUCAUGGUACCGUAUCGCAUUUUGAAUCCUCCGUUUUGCUCUCUCAUUUUAUUGUCUUGAUCACUAUAUGCAACCCCAAUACCUACUAUGAUCACCCCUCUCCUCUUUUCGACGGUACACCCACUUCAUUGUUUCCUGGGUCUCUCUUGUUCUCUCGCAUGCAUACAUUCACAAAUUCAACGCAUUCAACUCAAGGCAUACAUAUAUCGCAUGGAAUUUCCUUCCCC